AUGGACAUGCUCCAUGAUGGUCCGCUCGCCUCUCCUACGAAAGCCCGCCAGGCGGCCAUUCAGGCCAAAGACUGGGCGUACGUGAACUCCUGGCUCAGCCGACUAUACGCGCCGAAGCCAGUGCCUCAUUUUGAAUGUAAUGAGGAUACCCUCCGGGUUCUCCUGACGCUGGCUGCGGCUAAUGACACCGCCAACGAAGAAGCGAGUCUACAACACCGUGCUCGUGAAGAAGCCGUCCAUGGGUUUAAAGUACGGGAAGAAGCCGAAAGGCAAGAUCCACAUGAACGACAGAAAAAUGAGAUACUGGAUGAGGUGGAAAUGUGUCUUGACGACAAAGGCAGACACGAUCUAGACGAUCUUGCUGAUACAGCAGCUGCACUUGGCAACACUCUGAACCCUGUACCUGAAGAUCUCAGUCAAUCGAUUGUGGAGCUCACGGCGGAAGAGUUCGAGGUGCAAGACCAAGUGUCAAAAGUGGAGACGUUGCACUGCUAUCUCCAGAAGGAGCUCGCACGGCUUCAGGCUGAUCUGCAGGGGCUCAAGGUUGACAUGGUGUACGAGAUACCAGCGGAUACCCAAAGCUUGACGUCAGAGUGGGUGCGCGGUACGAAGAUGCUCGGUACGAAGGUUGGGGAAUAUCAGAGUCGUAUUGCGUCACUCGAGCGGAAUCAAUCAUGCGGUCCUACAAUUGAGGAGCUGAUGGUGGAAGAAGAGAAUGUUGUUCGGUUACGUGAGAUUGUCAGGUCUCUUGAAAGCCGCGUGAAAGCUUUCCACGACCUCCCAAAGGAUAUUGCAGGGGCUCAGGCACGAUAUAAAGAACUAGAGCGCGAGUUUAGCCAGCUCACAAGGCAGCGAGACAAAAUGUUUGGCAGGCUUGUUGGGCGACAAUGA